AUGUUGGUAGAACUCCAAGUAUCAGAUCGACCCUCUGAAACAGGUAUAACCGAAGAUAUUGACACUAAUACCAUCAUGGAUUUAGAAAAACAAGUAGCAGAUCAUUCGUUUGAAACACAAAUAGAUGAAGAUAUUGAUGCAAAUGGUUAUUUGGAAGCAACAUCUGAAUCCGAGAAAAUAAAUGAUGAUGGUGUGAAUCUUGGAUGUGAUGAAGGUGAAAAUAAUGAUACAUGUAUUAUUGGAAAGGUUUUCGAUACACCCAACGAUGCAUAUACAUUUUACAAUGACUAUUCAUUUUUACAUGGUUUUGGUACACGAAAACAUUGGAAAUUUAAGAACAAGUCAACAAAUGAGCAUUAUCGGAGGAUAUAUGUAUGCAACAAAGAAGGUUUCAAACAAUUGAAAGGUAAUAAUUCAAGUGGAAAGACAAUAAAACGUUGUAGAGAGGUAAGAACUGGAUGCAAAGCAAUGAUUCGCAUUUCAAAACAAAAGGAUGGGAAAUGGAUUGUUGACAAGUUUAAUGACACACACAAUCAUGACUUAAGCAUGACACCAACAAAGGUAAUGAAGCAUAGAUCUCAUGGGAAGUUCCACCGUACAAUGGAAUGUAAAUCUCUUAUGGUGGAACUUGGUCAAUCGGGGUUGAAGCCAUGUCAUAUUAAAAAGGCUAUUAAUGCAUUGAAACCUUUAGAUGAAGUUGAUGUUACGUCAAAGCAAUGUGUUGAUGUCUUAUCCGAACAACGAAAACAAUAUAAGGGAAAGGAGUUUUAUGGACUUAUAAAGCAUUUCCAAGAUAAAGCAUUAUUGGAUAACGACCAUUAUUUUGUCGUAGACUUGUGUGAUGAUGGGUGUCCUCGGAAUAUCUUUUGGGCUGAUGGAAGAUCAAGAGACGCAUAUACUAAGUUUAGAGAUGUUGUUGUGUUUGAUGUUACUUAUAUGACAAACAAGUACAAGAUGCCAUUUGCUCCCUUUGUAGGGGUUAAUCAUCAUGGGCAAUCUAUACUUUUUGGUGGAGCAUUGCUAGAAAAUGAAAAGGAAGAAACAUUUGAGUGGUUAUUUGAGAAUUUUUUAAAAUGUAUGUUUACCAAGUAUCCGAAGGCAAUUAUUACAGAUCAGGAUAAAGCUAUGGGUAAUGCGAUAAAGAAAGUGUUUCCAAACACUCGGCACCGCUUUUGUGACUGGCAUAUUAAAAAGCAUGAGUCUGAACACCUUCGACCAUUUGUUACCCGUUAUAGUGAUUUUCAGGAAUCAUAUAAAGAUUGGGUGAAUAGUGACACCAUUGAAGAGUUUGAAAGCAAAUGGGAAGUUAUACGUAUUAAGUAUAAUUUGGAAAAUAAUUGUUGGAUAAGUCAAAUGUAUAGCCAACGGAUACAUUGGGCUAAAGCCUUUCUUAAAGAUAUUUUCUUGGCUGGUAUGACAACCAGUGGACGAAGUGAGAGUAUUAAUUCCUUUUUUGAUGGAUUUGUCAAUUCGAGCACCAUGUUGAAUGAAUUCGUAAUACAAUAUGACAAAGCAGUUAAGUCUCAAAGGGCAGCCGAAGAAGAUGAGGACUUCAAGACAAUGAACUCAAGAGCAGUUCUUUCUUCUGUGCAUCUAAUUGAAGCAAAAGCAGAAGAAAUAACAUAUCGAGUUGGGCAAAUGAAUAUUGAUAAAAAAUAUUGGAGAAUUGUUAGCUUCCGUUUGGUUGGUCAAAUGAAUGUUAUAUGUUCUUGUGCUAAGUAUGAGAUAUAUGGAAUUUUAUGCAAACAUUGCCUAUAUGUGAUGAAGAAGAGGCAUGUUGAAACACUUCGGAGUCACUAUAUUUUACCUCGAUGGACACUUAAUUUUAGGUACAAAGUGGAUAAUAAUAGUAUUGGACUUGAAGAAAUGAAUAAUGAUAAUGGGGUUAGUGCAUACACUUUAUGGUGUGUUCGUUCCAACUUUACCAAAGUAAUUGAACAAGCGAAAUUCUCCCCUUUAAAGAUAGAAAAAGUUAAUAACGUAUUGAUAAAGCUUUUAGAUGAUCUAACGAUUCAGGAAAAACCAAUAGCAUUUGAAAAUUCAUCGGAAGGUUAUUCUGUGGGACUUUUAGAAAUAAAUAUGACACCUCAGAUAUCUGUCCGAGAUCCUCUUGGUCCAACUAAUACGAAAGGUCGUCCGAAAAAUGCAAGUAGAAUCAAGUCUUCUCUAGAAAUGCCGAAAAACGAACAUGUUCUUACUGUCAGGGAUUGGGUCAUUAUGCCACUAGUUGUUCAAAAAGAAAGGUGA